AUGGUAACCGCUCUUUUCAUCAAAGAGGACACUCCUUUGUUAGACAUGGCGAUAGACAGGUUUCAGUCUUUGGUAUGGCUUUCCAAGAAGCGAGUGAUAGUAAUCUUCAACAGACUGAAGCACAGGGAUCACGUGAUUAACGAGUUUGUGGAAGGUUACAAAGGGAAGACCAGGCAGAUGGGUUUUAGAGUUUACAAUUCUAGUUCCCCCGAGGUAAAGUCUGACAGAGCCAUGUACGAUACCGUCAACAAAACUUGUGUGGAGUUUAACUGUACUUGGAUUUGGCAUCAAGACAGUAACGUGUUAGCAGUGAACAACGAAGGUAUCAGGAAACUGGUUCUAUUCAACGUGUCUGUCAUUGCUCCGUUGGUGGUGAAUGAUCUCAAUGAUGCAGACCCAACUGUUAACUUCUGGGGUGACACUGUGGCUAAUGGCUUUUACAAGAGGUCUCCGGACUACAAAGAUCUCUCUCAACGGCAAACUAGCGGAUUGUUUGUUGUACCAUAUGCCAGUGGUGCUUACCUUGUUAAAGCCGAGGUGAUGAAGGACUUGACCUUCUUCCAUGCAUCUUACAAUGACCGUAAUAGUGAUAUUGUUUUCUGCAACUCCAUCCGAAAAUCAGGCCAUCUUUAUUUCUUUAAUUCUGACUCUGCUGAUUUUGUGUUCCUCAACGGGCGUACAGAUGAGACUGUACCCUACCCCUUGAUGGAGCACUUCCCAGAUAACAAAAUAGCGUUUUACUUGAGUUUCUACAUGAAGUGGGAUCACCACAGACAGAGAGACUGGGAUUACACAAAAGCCACCCCAGUUCAGAAUCCUUGUGAGGACGUCUACGUUUUGGAGCUCUUCUCAGAAAAAUUCACUAAAGUUAUGAAACAAGCAGCAUCCCACUCUGGUAAGUGGGCCUCUAGAUCCUGGACAGAAGGAUGGAAUGUUCUGGAAACUCUGGCAUUCAAAGACCUUGGUUACGAAAAAGGGUGGGAGAUGUUCAGCACAGAUUAUCUUCCGACAAUUACUCACCGUAAGUUUGCAGGUUACGAGUCUGAGGGUAACCCACUUCAAGCCUUUGUUAUGAGGAUGAGUAACUCAAGUCUAGCAACAGGAGCUCUGGAGGGUAACGGAGUCUACACUGUGCUCAUCUCACUAUCAGAAGGUGAUGGGGAGAGUAACGUAUACUUUAAUGAUCACUGCAAGGUUAGUGUCAAGCCUGGGGAUUUCCUUAUCUUCCCAUCUCGUCUUACUAACCGGGUCAGGUUUGUUCCUCCUAAAAGUGGGGAGGUGAUGAACAUUAUCUCCUUCUAUAAGUAA